AAACAGGGUUCAGAGCUCUGACACACUGGCUUUAAUAUGACUGGACUGAGAACUAUAUUGUUGGUUACAUUACAUCUAGGACUUGCAGCCAUACAAGAGGGUAAUUCAGUUAAAACAUGUAAGAAUCCAGUUAUUGAAAAUGGUCGGUUUCGUUAUGCUUUCUGGUUUCCCAAAACAGUGGGUACUGAUAUCUUCUUUUCUUGCAAUAAUGGAUAUCUGACACCAUUGAAAGAAAAGUAUGGCAGAUCUAACUGUACUGAAAAUGGAUGGACUCCGCUACCAAAGUGCAUAAGCAAUAAAGAACCUUGUGGUCCCCCACCUAUAAUAGAUUUUGGGGAUUAUGUAGGAGAUAGAAAGACUACUUACGAAGCGGGGUCUGUUGUGGUAUAUAAGUGUCCAAACUAUUAUGUACUUCAAGGAAAUCAACAUAUUAAGUGUGAGAACGGAACAUGGCAAGAUCCACCAAUUUGUUUAGUGCCAUGCACUGUAAAGAACAUACAUCUUAAAGAACACAAUAUAUUAUUAAGAUGGACAAAUGCUGAUAAACUGUACAUGGAACACGAUGAUCUUGUGUCAUUUGUCUGUAUGAGAGGAUAUGAAAUAUCUGAUCCAACACAGUUAAACACAAAAUGCAAUAAAGGGGUGAUUAUGUAUCCUAAAUGUUUCAAGAUUGGGUCCUGUUUUUUAUCACAGUCAACAAUGAAGAUCAGAAAUAUAUCGCUUGAUAGGAUGGAUGAAAUUCUUCCUGGAGAAACCGUUCAAUUUGAAUGUAAUGAAGGAAUGGUUCCAGAAAGCAAUCUGGAAGCCACGUGUGAAAAUGGAAACCUUAAUUACCCAAAAUGUGUCAUUGCAAAGCCGUGUAGAAUUUCCAUUGAAGGGCUCAAUGAAAAAAAUGUUGAACUCCAGUCAAUGGAGUAUUUAGGUAAAACAUACAAGCACGGCACAGAAGUUAAUAUUGUCUGCAAGGAUGGCUUUAAAAUCCGACAUCCUUCAAUUCCUCUAAAAGGCACGUGUAUUGAUGGAAAUAUGAACUAUCAUCAAUGCUUCCGUGAAAACAUUCUCCUUAUGAACAACUUUGAUGAAAGCAAACUCAAACCUGUGCAUCCAAAUGAAGCAUAUUAUGGCGAUGGUGAAACGGUUCAAUAUGUUUGUAGACAGGUAUAACACAAUGUGUCUGGAGCAGCUGGAAAUUGAUGAAACAGGAGAGGCUUAUACAGAAGAAAUGUGAAGAAAUGUGUAAAUAUGUGUGGUGAAAAUACUGCAAAAGGUCCCAUAUACACUUUUUGAUGUUGAAUGCUAAUAAAAAU